AUGAGCGUCAGAGUGGUGGCCCGAAUUCGACCGCUCCUGAAAACGGAGCGUGAAAUCGAUAUCAUCGUCCGUCCCGGGUCAUGUGCCAACCUGGUUUCGGCAUCGGUCGCGAAACCUUCGGAUGAAAAUGUUUCGAGGUCGCAAAAAUGCGAAAAAGCCGAGAAGAAGCAGAAGGAUAUCUGCAAUCGACCGACUGUUGUGCGCAUACCGAACCCGAAAAACGAGGGAGAGCAAUAUAGUUUUCAGUUCAACGGGGUUUAUGACGAUGCCAGUCUAGCGGAAAGAGGUGUGAUACCUCGACUAUUGAGCGGCAUAUAUAGAAGAAGCAGAAAAAUGGAGAAAGAUUCCCAAGGUGCUACAAAGGUGGACGUAGCUAUGAGCUACUAUGAAAUAUACAACGACAAGGUCUUUGACCUUUUUGAGCCGCCAGAGAAAAGGACCGCUUCUGGCCUCCCACUUAGAGACAGCGGGGGCAAAACCGUUGUCGUUGGACUAACGGAACGACCCUGCGGUUCCCUUAAAGAAUUUGAGAUUAUGUAUGACCUGGCCAAUGUGAACAGGUCGACUUCUGCUACGAAGCUGAACGCUCACUCCUCGAGAUCCCAUGCAAUCUUAUGCGUCAAGCUGACGGUUACGACCCCAGACCGUGUUCGUGUUAGCACCGCAUCCGCCAUUGACCUUGCAGGUUCGGAGGAUAACCGACGAACGGACAACGGCAAGGAGCGUAUGGUCGAAUCGGCGAGCAUCAACAAAAGCUUGUUCGUUCUAGCCCAGUGCGUAGAGGCGAUCAGUAAGAAGCAGGCGAGAAUACCCUACCGGGAAUCCAAAAUGACCAGAAUCCUAUCCCUUGGCCAGAAUCAAGGGCUCACCGUCAUGAUACUCAACCUUGCACCGGUUCGCUCAUAUCACCUGGAUACGUUAAGUUCUUUAAAUUUCGCGAACCGUACAAGGAAAAUUGAAGUAAGGGAAGUAGAGAACGAACCAAUUUUCAAAGGGCCACCACGCCUUGCCUCGGGUUUAUCUGUAAAAGGAUCUUCCAUCAAAAGGCAGCCGUUGCGACCGUUGACAGCUUCGAUUAAUGCGAAUAUCGUACCAGUGACUGCGAGUGCAGAUUCAAAGCCACCUGAUGGUAAACCUGCCAAAUCCUUCAUGGUUUAUACAGACAAAGCACAAGCGAAGCAGCAUGCUCAAGUUGAGCAGCCCAAGGGCCCUGCCUUAAAACGAAAGUCUGGAAGCAAUUUCCCUUCCUUGAGUCGAACCUCGAAGCUAGCACGUGUUUCCACGGAGGCGCAAGCCCGGACCGCGCAGGCAGUACACAGUGUUUCUGCGGCGAAAAUCGAGGAGAUGGUUGAAAAAAAGGUGGAAGAGAUCUUAGCGGCAAGGGCUUUAAAUGAAGCUGAAGCAACUCAGGCAACUUUAAGCACGCAUGCAAACGACGUAAAUACGCAGCUGCAGCGUCGGCUUGAACGCCUCGAGCAACGGGUGGAAGGAAAGGAAGAUGCGCGGGCUGAGGGCUUAUCAUACCUUCUGAUGGGCAAACAACAUCAGUCUCACGGCGAAGACAGGUCAGCAUUAAAGAUGUAUCAGUUGGCACUUCCUUACUUCCCGGACAACGCAAAGUUGGUGCAGAAGAUAGAGCUUCUACAAGCUAGGCUAGAUGGGCAGGGAGAUCAAGGUCGAGCAACGGUUGGGGCAGCGGAAGCCCAACAACAAAGCCGGAAAAAGCGACGGCGAUUUGCUCGAGAGAGCACCGAAAAUGAUGAUGAUUAUGGUGAUGAUGAGUACCAUGCUUCAGACGGAAAUGAUUGCUUAAGCGACGACGAAGGUGAUUUACAGAGCUACUCACGUCCCAAACCGAAGAACCGCAAAGGCCCAGCGCAAAAAUGCCCCUCCGCAAAACCAGUCUUCAGUGGGAGCGAUGCUACAUGCUUGUCGCCGCGAACAUCACAUAUUCUUUCCGUUAUUAAUUCGAGGAAUGUAAACCAAAUCAAGUUGCUUCGAGGUGUUGGGGCAAAGAAGGCAGAAGCCAUUGUUGACUGCCUCUGCGAGAUGGAUACAAACGGCUCCCCAGGUGAGGAGUCGGUUCAAAUCCGCAAUUUGGCGGAGCUAGGGAAGCUGAAAGGUGUCGGGUUGAGGACAGUGGAGAAUAUGCGGAAUGGGAUCGAAGUUGCCUGA